UUCAAUGAAAAACUAUAAAACGUCAAAUGAUAGUGUAUACAAAAGGUUUGUAUUCUAUGAUAAUUUUGUAAAUUUAUUAUUUAUAAACUUUAUAAACACAUAUUAUUUUAUAUUGAUGACCAAUUUAUAUAAAGGAUUCUUUAAUAAAUCAAAAAAGUAUCAAUAACAGAUUCAGAUGAAGAAAAUAAAUAUCCUAAAAAAUAACCAAUCCUUAAAAGUAGAGAAAAAGCACUGUUUUGAGAAAGUAGCAUUAUGUAAUUUUAAUAAUUAAUGAAAGAAUGAUUCAAAAUAAAUAACAAUUCAGAAACAUCCUAAAAGAAAUUGGAUGCAUAAAAAAUACUUUCUUUUCGAAAAAGCAGCAAAAGGAUAGUACUAAUUCAAAUAAAUAAAAUUAUUUAUAAUGGACUUAAACUUCAUUUUAUAAAGAAAUCUAAAUGCAUCGAGGUUUUUAGACCUUUAAAAGUGUUUUAAUGUAUAAGAGAAUUAAAGCCAUUGA